AUGAAUGUAGAUUUUCCAAAAAAUGUAGAACUAGUUGAAGGUUGUGAAGUUGCAAAUGUUGAAAAUGAUAUAUGUAAUUCAAAUAGAGAAGAUAACAUAAGUUUUUUAAAAGUUAUUAUAAAUGAAGAGAAAUAUGAAGAAACAAAAAAUUUGUCAAAAGAAGAUAGUGAAAAUAGUCAAAAAAUAAAGGAAAAUUUAAAUGAAAAAGGAGAAAAUAUAAAAAAUAAGCAAAAUGCUGAAGUGGAGAAAAAGAAAGUGCAAGAAAAAAAUAUAUACACAGAAGAAAAGAAAUGUAUACAUGAAAUAAAAAGUAUUAUCAAUGGACAAAAAAAAAAUAAUGUUAAAGAAAAGGAAUGUAUUGAGGAAAAAAAAAAUUUGGACUUUGAUGAAAAAAAAAUUGGAUACGAAAAGGAAAAAAUUGAGCAUGAAAAAAAAGAAAAUUUAAGCGGAGAAAAUAAAAAAAAAAAUGAGCAUAAUAAUGAUAUAUUAAAAUUUACAAGCUAUGAAAAAAUAUCAUGUAAUGAAAAUUUUUUAAAAAAAAAAAAAAGAGAUAAAUAUAAAUUGUUGAAAGAAAUAUUUAGCGAAAGAUACAUAGAGGAAAUAAAAAAAAAAGAAAAAAAAAAAGAAAAGGACAAUAAAAAAUCAUGCAUAAAAGAAAAUGAAAAUUUUUUUUUAAGUAAUAUGAAUAAUAACUUUAUGAAUAAAAAUAAAAAAAUUAAAAUCUUUAAUAGCACAAAUGAAAGAAAUGAUAAUUUAAAAUAUAAGAAUGAUUUAAAUAAUAUAUAUAUAGACAAUGAUUUUUUUAAUAAUUAUGAUAAAUUAGAAAAAAAUUCAGAUGAAAAAAGUAUUUUAAAUAAUUCAUUAAAUACUAGCAAAAAAAAAAAAUUUUUUUUGAUACUAUGUAAUGGAUGUUUAGUUGUUUUUUUGGGGGUUAGUAAUAAUAUUUGUGGUAGAAUGAGAAAUAGAGUUCUCAAAAAUUUUGAUAGUUUAACUGCUUCAUAUAAUGCUAUCGCAUAUAUAACAAUUUAUUUUAUUUUAUGCAUUAUUUAUAGUAAAUCAAGAUAUAUAAGAAAGAAACACUGGUGUUAUAUUUAUCCAUGUAUAAAUAAUUUUUUUAAAUCAAAAAAUAAAGAUAAUGAAACAAGGGGAAAUUUGGGGAAUAAUUUUGCAGUUGAUAUAAAAUCAGAAAACGCAAAAAAAAAAAAAAAAAUUUUGAAAUUUUAUUAUAUUCAUAAAAAAAAAAUAUAUGAACCAUUGUUAGAAGAUACAAAUAACGUGAAUUAUAACAAUUCAUUCAAUAAUAGUGAAAACCUUUUAAGCAAAGAAAAUUACAAUCUAUAUAAUAGUUAUAACAAUAAUUCUUCAAAUGAUAGUUCCAAGAGAAACCAAUUAUUUUUAAAUAAAGAUAUAAAUGAAAUAUUUUUGAAUGAUAAUAACCAUGAAAAAACAUUCUUAAAAAAAUCUAGAGAAUAUAAUACUAUUAAUGAAGAAAUCUCAGAAGAAGAAAUAUAUUCAUUGAAUGAACAAGAGUUAAAAGAAAUUAUAGGAAAUUAUAAAUUUUAUAAAAAAAAAAAUAACCUAAAUGAAAUAAAAAAUGUUUUUCAAAAAAAAAGAGUUCAAGUAGCAAAAGAGAAUAAUAAUGAUAAUAAAUAUAAAGAACAUAAAAAUUUGACCACUAUAAAAGGCAAAUGGGCAGAUAUGGGAGCAUAUAAGUAUGUUAUCAUUAUAGCUUUACUUGAUAUUAUUUCUAAUACUUUAUAUUUUGUGUCACAGCUAGCUAUUCCAUUAACAAUAUUGUUAUUAUUAAAUCAGUUAAAUUUUAUUUUCUCAAUUAUAUUAUCUUACAUAGUUUUAAAAAGGAAAUAUAAUAUCCAUCACGUAAUUUCUGUUAUAAUUGUCCUAACAGGUUUCCUUUUUUUCUAUGUGCCAUUUAUAUAUAAAGAAACUAUAGAUACAUUAAAACAGAAUUUUGUUAAUUAUUAUAUGAAUUCAAAUUUUUUUAUAAAUUUAAAUUAUAUACAUGAUUUUAAUCAUUUUAAUAAUUUUCAUCUUUGUAAUGAACCCGUAUGUAUAGCCCCCUUUGGUUUAACCAUAUCUAUUCUUUUUUGCAUUUUAUCUAUUUUUUUAACUUCCUUUGGUGGAAUAUUAAGAGAAAUAUUUUUUUCAGAAUAUAUAAAAAAACAACAAAUAAUCAAGGAUACUAAAAAAAAGGAAUGUAUGAGAAUAGACAAUUCUUAUUCUGUGUCAAAUUUUGGAUCUCAAACAAAUUAUUUUAAUAGUAUGAAUAAUAAAAAUUUUUCACUAAUGCAAAAUCAUGGAGAUAAAAAAAUAAGCAAAAAAAAAUUGGAAAAAAAGAAAUUAACAAAUGGCAGUUUUUAUAAUAAAAGAGAAACAAUCAAAAAUAAGUGUUUGUUAGAUAAAGACAUAGAAAUAAAUAAAGAAUAUAAUCAUUCUUCUAAUAAUAUUGAAAAUAUUUUUUUUAUAAAUAAAAAAGUGAGUCAAGUUAAAUAUUCAAAUAAAUUAAACCCAAAAAAUAAUAAUAAAAAGACAGGAAAGUUAUCAACAGAUAUAAAUGAUGAGUUUAAUUAUUUUGAUAAUGAUAAUUUCCAUAAAUCUCAUUCAUUAAAAUAUACAAAUAAUACAAAGGAUAAAGAAACAGAAAAUAAUCUUCCUUAUAAAGAAAAUAUAAAAAGAGAUAUGAAAUGUAAUAAUAAGGAUGGUAAAAUAAGUGUUAUAUUACUGUCAUUUAAUAUUUCGUUUAUACAAAUUAUUUUACUACCAUUAAUUAUAUAUUUUCAAUUGCUAUUUAAUAAAAAUAAAAAUACAUCAUAUUUAUUAUACAUAAAGGAUAGUCUUAAAUGUUUUUCAGGAUAUGUAAUUGAAAAUAAUCAAAGUUGUAAAUAUGCAUUUGCUGUUUAUGCUCUUUAUAUAAUCGUAAAUUCAUUAUUUAAUUUAAGUGUCUCUUCCUUUUAUAGUAGUUAUUCUUCUGCAGAGUGCUUCUUAAUUUUAAAAUCAUCUACCCCUAUCACUUUAUUAGUUUUAUAUUUUUUUAAUUUUCCAUUUAUCACAGAUAAUGAUAGAUAUUUUUCUAUUUACUUUGUUAUUAGUAUAGCAAUUGUUUUUACGGGGGUAAGUUACUUUUUCUAUCAAACUAUAGUAUCAGAAAAAAAAAAAAAAAUUACCAUAGAUAAUUAUCAUGAAUAA